CAGCUCCCCUACCCUCCGAUUACACUCACUCACUCUCGAUCGCUUCUUGGUCUUCGUUCCCGCGAUGCGAAACGUUCGGCGACGGAGUCAUUCCGCGGCCAUGGCUCCAGCGGUUUCAGGUUCACCCGAUUUAUACAUGUCGUUCCCCAUCUCGGGCGGCCGUGUCCCCUCCGUCGUACCCGUCGUCGUCACCAAAUCCAGCCCCGGCUGCGAUCACGACAGCCAGGGCAGGGUCAGCCCCUCGGAAAUGUUCCUGUGCAGUCAGCCCCGAGUCCCGCACCACUCUCGGUCCCUCUCGCUGAAAGCCAGUCGACGACCGAGUCGAGCCGACCUGAAAGUGCCCGAACGACCACGUGGGACUUCCCUGCCCGGUGAACUGCCUGCGAGGGUCCUCGGCCGGGACGAACUCUAUCGACUCCGCCAAUUUUCCAUCACCGGGAAGAAAGUCGUCAACGAGGGAGAUCUCUUAUGUUCUCGUCGAUCCAGGUCCAAUUCCACGCAUUCCAGUUGCAGCGGGGAGAAUUCGCCGUCGGUGUCAGAGGGUCGAAGCGUGGCGUUCCGGGUGUCGGUGUUGGGGUCUCCGGGCGUGGGGAAAACGGCUCUCAUCUCUCAGUCCCUCACGUCCGACUAUAUCAACGCGUAUGACAAUUCUUUGGACGACGAGUCGGCAGAGAAGAGCGUGUCGGUUUUACUCGAUAACGAAGAAUCCGAAGUGAUUUUCUCCGAAUGCUCCAGCGAGGAGACUCCGGACUCCGACGGCUACAUCGUGGUGUACAGUGUCACGGAUGGAUCCAGUGUGGAAUGGGCGGAGAGCAUACUGCAGCAACUGUGGAGGCUCGGCUGCCUCGGGACCAGGGCCGUCAUCUUGGUCGCGAAUAAGGCGGACCUGGAACGAUCCAGGAUCGUCACGUCUGACGAGGGGAAGAAGAUGGCUCGAGAAUACGAGUGCAAGUUCAUCGAAACCUCGGUUGGUCUGGACCUGAACGUGGACGAGCUGUUGGUGGGAAUAUUGAGACAGAUUCGAUUGAAGCAGACGCCAGGGCCGCACUGGACCAGACGUCGACGUCGGGGCUCACGACGUUGUGGCGGCAGCUUAAGGGUCCGGGGUUUCAUCUCCUCCGUGUGCGGCCGAAAUGGGAAGUCCAAAUCCUGCGAGAAUCUCCACGUUCUUUAAUCCCCUCUGCUUCUUCGUGUGAUUGCUCAAAAUAUCUCCUUCCUAUUCUGUGGGAUCAAUCCCUUGCAUAUCCUUCAAAUCAUACUCUUCCCGAGUCUUGCUCUUCGGAAUGGACCUAUAUCAGGUUUGUCGAGGCCGCUGGAAAAGGUCAGACGUUUAAGGCAAUUUAGGCGGCCCUUUUCCUUCCCGCCCACCUGGAUCCCCUCUUUCUUUCUACUCCUUCGUAUUCCAAAAUUGCGCCUUUCCUGCCAUCGAUCAGUAAUGAGGCAGCGUUUCGGCCGACCGCGGAUCCUCCCCUAUCCCUCCUCACCGUCCCCCCCGUCCCCCUCCAAGUCUCGACUCCCCAUGAAUCGAUAAGAUCUACAUGAGAAGCAGGUAUUUGUCUGGGAUUGAAUGUAGGAGGAAGCCUUUCUAGAGAGCAGCUCACCUGUUGAUUUUCCUUUCUCCUUCCCAAUGGAAGAAGAUUGCUUCUUGCAAGUCUUCCCGAUCUGAGUUUGGAUUCCCUCAGCCCCCGAAUUUUCGACAGCAAAUGAGUCAGGACGUUCAUGCUUCCCUGAUAUCUAAGCGUGGAUCGAAGAUUCUCUUAUACCCAGGUUUCCUCUUUACCUGUCACUCCAUCUCCAGGUGUUUUUGAAUGCCUCACUAGUUCUGUCGUGGAACGACGAAGAUCUCGUUAGAUUUCUUCCCCUCAAUUUCUCCAUUCUGUUGGAAGGAUGACAUCCCUCUGAUUAGAAAAUGAAUUUCAAGACCCCUCUGCUUGUGAUUCCCCUAUGAAGCAUUUUUCAUGUGUCUCAACGUCUAUGAUACGCUUUCGUUCAAGAGUACACGUGCCAUGAUCGAUUCUCGCAUGAAAAAUUUACAUUCAUAUUUGCAUUUCGAUAUGCAUCCCCUGGCGGAUGAGAUCAUGAAUACGUGAGAAAGGAUUUUUAUUUUCUACAUUUGAAGUGGAG